ACACUUUCCCGAAGUCUCUCCUCUUCCCUUCUGUCUCAUACAAUGGCACUCUCCAACGUCUUGAUUCUAUGUGCAUUCGUAGCUAUCAACAUGGCCCUGCCGGCGCUGGCCAAAGUCUACACCGUUGGAGAGUCAUCUGGCUGGAUGAUCGGUGCUGAUUAUGGGACCUGGGCUAGUGGCAAAACCUUUCAAGUUGGUGAUUCUCUCGUGUUCAACUAUGGAGCGGGGCACACAGUAGACGAAGUUAAAGAGAGUGACUACAAAUCCUGCACCACUGGUAAUUCACUUACUUCCGACAGCAGUGGAGCCACCACCAUUACCCUUAAGACCGCCGGAUCUCACUACUUCAUAUGUGCGAUUCCUGGACAUUGCAGUGGUGGCAUGAAGCUUGCCGUUGAUGUUAAGGCCGGAAAAGCCUCCUCUCCUACUGCAACGCCUUCCUCCGGUAAGGGCUCGCCUUCCGGUGAUACCCCAACCACCACCACCCCCUCCUCCUCCUCCUCCACCACCUCCUCCACCACUCCAUCCACUACGGCCCAUUCUUCUUCAGCCGCUAGCUCUUCACCCAUUGUUGCUAUCAUGACCGCUUCUUGGGUUUUAUACUGUGUGACGCGCCUGCUAUGAGUCAUGGCUACACAUUCCCCUAGUCCAUAUCGCCAGGACAGAGGCAGUGCUUCCAUGUUCUUUUUUUUACUUGCCCGCGUAUUUUUAUUUUAUUUUAUUUUUGUUAGUAGUAUUUAUCCUCAUCUCUGUUCCCAUUUAUUUUAAUAAAUUAUUUUUUUUUAAAAAAGAAACUAUGCUUGAUAUGGUGGUUGCUGUCUCAAUUAAUCAUUUCACGAUGCUAAAGGUUCCUUUGAUCGCUCCGCAAGUGUACGUGAUUGCAUUAAUAAAUUAUUCAAAAUAUUA